AUGAAUUUCCCGUUCGAGUUCGAGAGCUGUCGGGGCUGGGCUGGUAAUUUUCCUUGCGUCUUCGGGCCUACCGAGGGGUGCUCUUGCCAUAACCCACAUAAACAACUAAUCGCGUAUAACAAAUGCAUUCCAUCUGACAAGAAGCCCCUCGGCCUUGUGCUGCGGUUCACUGAGUCGUACAAGCAAGGUGCGGUGGGAUACGAUAAGGCUCGGGACGGCGAACAGAUAUGGUCUUCAUUACAUCUGGACCACUCCACUGCUGAUCCGCUUGAUCCUAUUCACCCUUCCAUCCGCUAUGCUCUGGCAUACUAUCAUCUCCAUUGGGUUCAGACCGCAGCAUUACUCAAGAUACAAAGAGCAAGAACCAAAGCCUUAGCGUGUCGCGGAAUCGUGGCCGGGGAUGGGAACAAGCGGCCGGAAUUUCGGUACUGGGCUCAACCUUACUGGUACAAGGGCUCAUUUUAUAUUCAGCAAGUGAUCCGAUUUACAAUCGAACCGAAGAAACGGAAAUUUCUGUUCGGAGACGAGUAUGCCAUACUGGCAUAUUCCCCGAAGGAUUGGACGUUCAGGACUUGCCCGCACUACCGGCAGCGCUUUCAACAAUAUGAGUUCCGAGAGACGCGAGGACUUAUAAAAGCGGGCAUGUCAUAUGUAUCGAAGUGGCGCAACUCUUCAGGAGACUCGGUUAGGAAAUGGACCAAGUGGCGCAGCAUAUAUGGACCUAGCAGCCAUACUCACAGCUGUCGGUUUUGUUGCACUGAUACUUGCGUGGACAUAGACCUGGUUAAGGACAAGAUCGUGGUCCAUAUAUGGGUAUGGAAAGAUCUCGGAAAGGCGCUCAGCCCAUUUGAUCCGAAAUGGAUCUCGGCCCUUCGCCCCGAGGCAUCCGUUUGGAGCCGGUCGCGGGCUGAGGCGGCUGGCAAUAAAGUGCGGGCCGCAGUUCUUGCAGCAAUACGUGAAGAAUCUGGGCAACCGAUCUGA